CCAUUCUUGCUCCCCCACCCUCCAUUCUUGCCCUGGCAUCAUCCCAUCAUGGCGGCCGAACAGAGAAAGCUGCUCGAGCAGCUCAUGGGAGCGGACCAGCUCAUAGGUACCGGCGCGCCCUCUCGCAAUGCGCAGCUCCAAAUCACCGACCCGAAAGUCUGUCGCUCGUAUCUCGUCGGUACCUGUCCACACGACCUCUUCACCAAUACCAAGCAGGACCUGGGUCAAUGCCCGAAAGUGCACAGUGAAGGAUUGAAGACGGAGUAUGAGACCGCCUCGGCAGCGGAGAAGGCCAAGUGGGGUUUCGACUACGACUAUAUGCGCGAUAUGCAAAAGUAUAUUGACGACUGUGACCGACGUAUUGACUCCGCUCAACGGCGGUUGGAAAAGACCCCGGACGAGAUCCGACAGACAAACAACCUGCUGAAACAAAUCUCCGAUCUGACGAAAACGAUCAAUUCAGGUCUCCUGGAGGUCUCAGUGCUAGGUGAAACCGGCUCUGUCGCGCAAGCCCUGAACGAACUGCACAAGAUCCGCACCGCCAAGCACCAGAAGGAAACGUGUGAACGGGAAUUGAAGAACCUCCAAGAUACCUCCGGUCCAUCGGGUCACCAGAAGCUACAAGUGUGUGAUGUUUGCGGCGCGUACCUGAGUCGUCUCGACAAUGAUCGUCGGUUGGCGGACCAUUUCUUCGGAAAGAUGCACAUGGGGUACUCGGACAUGCGCAAGACGUUUAAGAAGCUUAGCGAGGAACUCAAGGGACGGCCUCCGCCGGUUCGUCACCACGAUGAUGACGAUGGUGGUUGGGGUGGACGGUCUGGUGGUGGACGCGGUCCUCGGUAUGGCGGCGGUGGUGGUUAUAAGAAGCGUGGCCCUCGCUGGUAAUCGUGACGAGCGUCUAUUGUUGGAGUUUAUUCUAUAAUGCUGUAUUCUGUCUGGAUUUGCAUAGCGCAGGCGUUUCUCUUACUACCACCUCUAGGAUGUCACGGAUCAAAAAGAUAAUAAAUACAUACCGAGUCUACGCAG